GUGAACAUGAUAGUAAAAUAUUUGAAUUCAGUAAAUUUAGAUACAUAAUUCAUUGUUUAUGUAAAAAUAUUCUGUUAAAAGUGUAUAUAGCAAGUUGAUAUAUUACUUAUUUAGCUGGUGUAAGACUGCCAUGAAAGAUGGUUUAAAAGAGAUUUAUCAACAUGAUGACAAUUAUUACCAAGGGAAAGAAUACAAAUGGAAAAAUGAAACUCUGUGCAAGGAUGGUUGCAACAGAAUAAUGUGGAAAUUUUGCCAUUCUCUUAUGGAGUGUAACAGUCAGUAGAUAGAAAGUUGAAAUUCCAUGUCUCGAGAAACAUUUGAAUUACCCGUGCUUACUUCUCCUGGACAGGGGAAGGGAGUUUACCAAUCAGAGAGAGGUGACAGCCGGGCAAUGUUUGUAUCUCCACGAAGUUUCCACACAGACUUCCAUCCAAGGCGCUCAGUUCGUGAACCUGAAGUUGAACGGCGUAUAGUGUUGUUUGGUCGUGCUGGUAGUGGUAAAAGUGCAAGUGCUAAUACAUUAUGUGGACGUCAUGUGUUCCUCGAAGCAAGGUGGGGUCGCUUCCACACAACAGAAUGUCAGAGAACUCUUGUAUCUAGAUAUGGAAGGAGAAUGGAUAUUCUAGAUACACCUGGGUUUCUCUUUGAUGCUGAUAUCAAAAAUCCUAAAGUGAAGCGAGAAUUUGCAAAAACUAUUGGCAUAGCAUCACCAGGUCCUCAUGUCUUUGUGUUUGUGUUCCCUACCCCUCACAUGCAUAGGUGUGACGUGGAAAUCUUUCAGAAAUUUAUCCACGUGUUUGGUGUUGAAGUGUUGAACUAUACGAUACUGUUAUUUUCGAAAGCAGACGAUCUUGAUUACUUCUCAUUAACAAAGCAGGCAUUCAUCCUGUCUGCCCCACCUGAAUGGAAAUCAAUUAUGAAAGCCUGCAACUAUCGCUGUGUCUGGUUUCAAAACCGUUCACCUCCACUAGAGAAAGAGCUCAUGGUUCGAACAUUUCUUGAAACCAUGGAAACAACAAUAAAUCAAAAUUAUGGUCAGUACUUUUGCAAUGAUUUAUUCUGGACAGUUGAAAAGACAAUUAUAGAACGUGAUAUUGCACGAAGUGACCAAAAUGCAAAACUAAAUAAACUAAGAAGAAAGUUGCGUGUAAAUCUUGAUGCAGGGAUUAAACAACGAUAUGGAGAUACAAGGAAAGAUCCGAAUCGAACUCGCGAAGAUUUUAGAAAAGAUUUAGAAAACAACAAUUUAAAAGUUGUUGACACGAUUUGGGCUACUAUCAAAUACUUCAACUGCAUAAAGAUCUUACACCGACCAAAACAUCUGACAGAACACCAGCAUGAUGUUGUUACCGAAGGACUUGAGCUUGACAUUCAGCACUCUUCCAGACAGAACGAGGAGGAAGCUAAACGUCACAUGACAACUGCAACACCCCAAGACAUUGUAAAAAGGGGUCGACUGACUAAGUUUGUACAGAAAUUUAUUCCAAAACAAAAAUUAGAACCUCAAACAGACAGAGGUAACCGUUAUGGUACCAGGCUGCCAAAGUUAGUACCAAAAUAGAACUGAAGUACCUUGUACAAAAGAGGCUUGGUACUUUGUUGUCUUGCUUGGUACCAAGAUAAAGUACCGGUAUCUGAUUCCUAAAUUAUUAAUGCAGUUUCAAAAAAAACUAGAGUUGUCACAGGAGUGACAAAUUAUACCCCCACAAUAUAGCCUUGUCACAGAACUAAGCCAACGUCAAAGCUGAACUUGCUUGACCUUUGACCUACUGACCUCAAAAUCAAUAGAGGUCAUCUGCUGGUCAUGCUCAACCUCCCUAUAAAGUUUCAUGAUCCUCGGCCCAAGCAUUCUCAAGUUAUUGUCCGGAAAAGAUUUAAAUGACCUUUGACCUUUGGAACCCAAAAUAAUUAUGGGUCAUCUGCUGGUCAUGACCAACCUCAAUUAAAUUUCGUUAUCCUAGUCCCAAGCGUUGUGAAGUUGUUGUCCGAAAACCGUAUUAGUGUUCUGGGUCACUGUGACCUUGACCUGUGACCUGCUGACUUCAAAGUCAUUAGGGGUCAUCUGCUGGUCAUAACCAACCUCGCUAUCAAUUUUCAAAAUCAUAGGCCCAAACAUUCUCAAGUUAUCAUCCGGAAACCGUUUAACUGUUUCGUGUUAUUGUGACCUUUACCUUUGACCUACUAACCCCAAAGUCGAACAGGACCUGUAUUUAAUCAUGUUACAUAUGUGUACAAAAAUUUAAGAUCCUAGACCCAAGUGUUUUCAAGUUAUCAUCUUAAAACCGUUUAACUGUUCCGAGUCACUGUGACCUUGACCUUUGACCUACAGACCUCAAAGUCUAACUUGACCUGUAUUUCGUGAUGUUACAUCUGUGUACCAAAAAUUAUGAUCCUAGGCCCAAGUGUUCUCAAGUUAAUCCGGAAACCAUUUAACUGUUCCGAGUCACUGUGACCUUGACCUUUGACCUACAGAUCCCAAAGUCGAACUUGACCUGUAUUUCAUGAUGUUACACCUGUGUACCAAAAUAUAUGAUCAUAGGCCCAAGCAUUCUCAAGUUAUCAUCCGGAAACCGUUUAACUGUUCAGGGUCACUGUGACCUUGACCUUUGACCUAUUGACCCCAAAUUCGAACUUGACCUGUAUUUUCUGAUGUUACAUCUGUGUACCAAAAAGUAUUCAUCUCAGUCAAGGCUUUCAUGAGUUAUCAUCCAGAAAUCACAAAAACCAACAGACCGACCAACCGACCGACCGCCAAGCUCACUCCUAUAUACCCCCCAAACUUCGUUUUGUGGGGGUAUAAUUAUACAUAUGAACCCUUCUUGCUACAGAAAAGCAAUAUAUCAGUUUAAUUGGUUCUGAAUAGAGUAAUAUUUGUGAUUUAAUUUUCACUUAUAUUUUCAGUGUGAACUGCAAAAUAAAAACAGGUGUUAAUGUAGACCAUUAAAAACACAAUUAUGUACAAAAGCAUCGGUAGAAACAGAAAAAGCUAUUUAUUUUUGAAACAUUUAAAUGAUAUGAUUCUGAAUGAGACUGAGUCUGUCAUGCAGUAAAACCUUCACAAAAUGUUUCCAUAUCCUACAUUCACCCGUGAACAAAAACCACCAGUCUUGAAAAAUAACGUCUAGCUUCAUUUUUGAUUAAAACUUUUGCUGUACAUUUUAACCUCUAUAUACAGACCACCUGCAAAUGAGCCAUGCCAUGAGAAAACAAACAUAGUGCAUUUGUGACCAGCAUGGAUCCAGACCAGCCUGCACAUCCGUGCAGUCUGGUCAGGAUCCAUACUGUUUGUUAAUGGUUUCUCUAAUUGCAAUAGGCUUUGAGAACAAACAGCAUGGAUCCUGACCAGACUGCGCAAAUGCGCAGGCUGGUCUGGAUCCAUGCUGGUUGCAAAUGCACUAUAUUGGUUUUCUCAUAGUGCGGCUCAUAUAAAGACCAUGUUUUUGCUCUCCCGAAUAUUAUUUUCAAAGCUAGGUUUGAUUGUACUUAAAAUAGAAUAAUUCAUCAGUGCAAAUCUUUAUUCACAUUUCAAAAAUAAAUACUAGUAUUAUAUAUGUUGACUCAUCUUGACAUAUCUCCAAAUAGAACACUGUUUGUUUCAUCAUUAUCAAAAGAAUUCAAAUAAAGAAUUAUUGUGUUGAAGAAAUCACCAAUUAUUUAUUGUUAAAAUGUUAUCUGUAUCUAUUCAAGUUGUGACAAUACUGUAAAUGUAUUACCUAUGUUUGUUUUGUUUUUAACCUUUAUCCUGAUAAAUUUCUAAAAUGGAUUGGUCCAUCUUCAAAUUUGGGCAGUACCACUUAUUAUUCAAAUGGGUGUUUAUAUAAAUUUACUGACUGAAUAGCGAACAGUGCAGACCACGAGUGCAGCCUGAUUUUAGUCUACAUUUCUCGCAAAGGCAAAAUCACUUGCUGCCAGCAGGCUAAAGGUUAAGAAAUGUAUAUGAAAACAAGAGCUGUCUCCAUAGGAUGACACAUGCCCCCGAUGGCACUUU